AUGAAUAGUACUUUUAAAGUGACUGCCGGAGUCUCCAACUUCACCCUUCUCCGCCGCCGCGCCCACUCUCAAUCGCUCUCCUCCUCGCCCGCGAACUCUGUCAACCUCUCCUGCUCCAACCACGAGGCCCGCCCGUUCCACGCCGCGCUUGUCGCUGCCGUGCCACGUGCCUUUGCUCGCGAGGUGGCGGUUGUUGGCGGUGGAGUGAUGGAGACGGUGAAGGAGAAGGGGAGGGUGUUGAAGGUGGGUCUCAUAUGCGGUGGUCCUUCCGCUGAGCGUGGGAUUUCCCUCAAUUCAGCUAGAUCAGUCCUUGAUCACUUGCAGGGAGACAAUUUGCACGUUAGUUGCUAUUAUAUUGAUUGCAAUCUCAAUGCAUAUGCAAUUUCCUCAGCUCAGGUAUAUUCCAACACCCCAGCUGAUUUUGAUUUUAAACUUGAAAGCCUUGCCCAAAGUUUCCAGACUUUGUCUGACUUGGCAAAGCAUCUAGCUACAGCUGUGGACAUAGUAUUUCCAGUUAUCCAUGGUCAAUUUGGUGAAGAUGGUGGCAUUCAGGAAUUGCUGGAAAAGUAUAAUGUUCCAUUUGUUGGCACAGGAUCAAAGGCGUGCUGCCAAGCAUUUGACAAGCAUAAAGCAUCACUGGAGCUCCAGAAGCAUGGAUUCAUAACAGUACCCAGUUUCUUAGUUCAGGGAUUUGAAACAAGCAAAUCAGAAUUAUCAGAAUGGUUUAAAAAGCACCAGCUGGACCCUGACUGGGGGAAAGUUGUGGUAAAACCAACAAGAGGAGGGUCAAGCAUUGGUGUUGGAGUUGCGUAUGGUGUCAAUGAUUCUCUUGUAAAAGCCAAUCAAAUUAUGUCUGAGGGAAUUGACAGUAGGGUGCUUAUAGAAAUAUUUCUUGAAGGAGGCAGUGAGUUUACAGCCAUUGUCCUUGAUGUAGGAUCUGGUUCUGAUCACUUUCCUGUUGUGCUGCUUCCAACUGAGGUGGAGCUUCAAUUUCGUGGGUCAAAUGAUGUAAAAGAGAAUGAUGCAAUAUUUAAUUACCGCCGGAAGUACCUUCCAACCCAACAGGUUGCUUAUCACACUCCACCACGGUUUCCUUUGGAUGUAAUUGAGAAUAUUCGCAAAGGAGCAUCUCUGUUAUUUCAGCAGCUUUGCCUGCAAGAUUUUGCUCGUAUUGAUGGGUGGUUUUUGCCAAAUUCAGGUUCCAUGUUAACAUCAUCUUCAGAAAGUGAGUUUGGAAAGACUGAAUCUGGUGCCAUAAUAUUCACUGACAUUAACCUGAUCAGUGGUAUGGAACAAACCAGUUUUCUAUUUCAGCAAGCUUCUAAGGUCGGUUUUUCUCAUACAAACAUCCUUAGAAGCAUUGUUCAUCAUGCUUGCUUGCGGUUUCCAAAUCUUGCAUCAGUUAGUGGUAUCUCAGGGCAACUUCCUAGCAGGUCAAAAUCCUUGCAACUUAACAAUUCAUUUUCUCACCAUGAAGGAGCUCGAAAAGUUUUUGUCAUUUUUGGCGGUGACACAUCAGAACGACAAGUAUCUCUUAUGAGUGGGACAAAUGUUUGGCUCAAUUUGCAAGCCUUCCAUGAUCUUGAGGUAACUCCAUGCUUGCUUUCUCCAACCCGUGAGUGUGCAACUAGUGUUGAUGUGGGAAAGAAGGCUGAUGACGUAAUGAAUAGAACAGUUUGGUCAUUACCUUAUUCUCUUGUGCUACGACAUACUACUGAGGAGGUACUGGAUGCAUGCAUGGAAGCAAUAGAGCCAGAACGAGCUGCCAUAACAUCUAACCUACGGAAGAAAGUAAUGAAUGACCUUAUGCAGGGUUUGAAGGACCACAAUUGGUUUACAGGGUUCGAUAUUUCUGAUGAACUGCCAGUGAAAUUUUCAUUAAGGCAGUGGAUCAAGCUAGCCAAUGAAGUUCAGGCAACAGUUUUUAUUGCAGACGCUACCUGGGAGGACCUUGAGAUGCUGCUUGAAGAAUACCCAAACUUGCACUUUGAGGACAAGGUGUUUGAUGAAGGAAAAGGGGAUGUAAUGACCCAGAAUAAUGAUGAAGCUGAGCACCAAGCAAAAGCAAACAAUUAUGGAAGUGACUUCAUCACGAGCCCAACGUUGGAGAAUAGACCCACGCACAAGAGAGUCAGGCCCAAAUACUUUAGGGACUAUGAUUGCUCUGUUAAGGUGCAUGGAGGCAUUGGAGAAGAUGGUACACUUCAAUCUUUGCUGGAUGCUGAAGGAGUGCCGUACUCAGGUCCUGGUGCAAUGGCAUCAAAGAUUUGUAUGGACAAACUUGCAACUUCUGUGGCUUUAAAACAUCUUGCAAAUUCGGGAGUUCUUACCAUAAAUAAGGAUGUCAGGCAAAAAGCCGAUCUCUUUAAUAAGCCCAUAAGUGAUACGUGGCAUGACCUCACCUCGAAUCUACAGUGUCAAACAUUAUGUGUCAAACCAGCAAAAGAUGGAUGCUCAACUGGGGUUGCAAGACUAUGCUGUUCCAAGGACCUUGCUAUAUAUGUCAAAGCUCUGGGGGACUAUCUACUAAGAAUUCCUCCAAAUAGCUUAUCAAAGGCACAUGGUAUGAUUGAGAUGCCAAACCCUCCUCCAGAGAACUUAAUCUUUGAACCUUUCAUAGAGACAGAUGAAAUAAUUGUGACAACCAAAUUCGAGAAUGCCACUGGUAAUGGCCUUACGUGGAAAGGGCACAACAGAUGGGUGGAAAUAACUGUUGGCGUCAUAGGAAAACGUGGAUCAAUGCACUCGCUAAGUCCUAGUGUAACUGUCAAGGAAUCUGGUGAUAUUUUGUCACUGGAGGAGAAGUUCCAAGGUGGGACUGGCAUCAAUUUGACUCCGCCUCCCUUGUCAAUUAUGAGUGAUAAUGCUUUGAAGAGGUGUAAACAGCAUAUUGAACUUAUUGCAAACACACUAGAAUUGGAAGGAUUUUCACGAAUUGAUGCAUUCGUAAAUGUUGACAACGGAGAGGUUCUGAUUAUAGAGGUAAAUACUGUGCCUGGAAUGACACCUUCCACGGUUCUGAUUCAUCAGGCACUAGCAGAACAACCACCAUUGUAUCCCCAUCAGUUCUUCCGUAAGCUUCUUGAUUUGGCAUCCGAGAAGUCAAUGUAA